AUGCUGUUGGUCAUCUUCAUUAAUGAUGUUCCCAAGGCGGUAGAAAAUGGAACAAUGUUGGCAUUAUUCGCAGAUGACACAAAGGUUUAUAGAACAAUAACAUCGGUUAGUGAUUGUGACCAGCUGCAGCAAGCUUUGACCAACCUAGAUGUUUGGAGCAGUGACAACAACAUCACAUUCAAUGCAUUAAAAUGCAAAGUUUUAUCUGUCACGCGCAAGAAAACCCCAAUUUCCUAUGUUUACUGCCUAGGUUCAGAACAGUUGCCGAAAGUUGAGGAGGAGAAAGAUCUUGGAGUCACCCUAUCCAGUAAACUAUUGUGGGACUCGCAUGUGAAUGAAUUAACAUCGAAAGCCAACAAACUGCUUGGUUUGCUCAAACGAACUUGUCCAUCUUUAACGGAUACCAAAGUCAGGCGUAGUCUUUACCUUUCCAUCGUAAAAUCGCAGUUAUGUUAUGCAACGCAAGUAUGGUCUCCAUUUCACAACAGAAAACUGAGUGGAAAGAUCGGGAGUGUUCAAAGGAGAGCCACUGUGUGGAUUUUAAAAACCAAGACUGGCGAGAUGUCUUACACACAAUGACUGCUGGCAUUAGAACUUUUACCUCUUUGUUACGACAGAGAAAUCAAGGACCUUGUUUUCUUUUUCGAAGCGUUGUACGGUUAUAUUAACCUUAACAUUAACAAUUAUGUUUCCUUUGUUGAUCAAGGCCGUACUAGACUCAGGUCAAUAGCGUUAUCCUCCAAACACCUUUGUGUAAUACCACAUUUAAAUCAUCGUAUUUUAACCGUAUAGUUAAACCAUGGAAUAUUGUAUGUAAAGAGGUUAAUCCUGAAACUUUUUCCAGCCCUAUCUCUUUCAGAAACUUUCUCAAACUCAAAUACUCUCACCUUCUUCACACCGUCUGCGAUAUUGAAUUACCCUGUACCUGGUCCUUGGUUCGGGACUGUCCCUGCCAUAGGACUUAAGUUUGUGUGCGUGUGUUGUAUGUGUGUGUGUCCCUGUCUGUCUGUAUAUCUGUGUGUGUGUUUGUCGACACGUCUCAUUCUUUCUCUGUUUGUACACCUCUUUCAUUUCUUUCUUCUCUCUCAUCCACUCCUUCAUAGUAAUUUUGGUAACAUAUAUAUUUAUCUUUUUUUUUAAUAAUUUGUAACUUCGCUGGCAGGUGCCUUGCAUGGGUCCAAUUUCUAGAGUCCCAUUCGUACCUUGCCAUUUUGGAUCACCCAUAUAGUAUAGCUAUCCAAUUAUUUGUAUAUAGUCUGUUGGGGUUUUCUUUGGAUUUUUCUACAUAGUAGUGAACUUGUAAUAAUUUGAUCCAAAUAAAUUUGUUAAAAUAAAAUAAAAUAAUGGCAAUGGUUUGGUAAUCUACAGCACAUUGUCAACAUCCAUUCAGGACACAGUGAUCCACUGUUGGCAAUGGUUUGGUAAUCUACAGCACAUUGUCAACAUCCAUUCAGGACACAGUGAUCCACUGUUUGGAAGCAAUAUUCCUGCUAGAAAGUGGUUGCCCAUGGAAGCAACGUUCGCUCAAUGGAAGCAACAUUCCUGCUAGAAAGUGGUUGCCCAUGUUAAGUAAAUCAUUUGGCCUUAAUAAAUGUGGUAAAGCAACGUUCGCUCAUGGAAGCAACAUUCCUGCUAGAAAGUGGUUGCCCAUGUAUGUAAAUCAUUUGGCCUUAAUAAAUGUGGUAAUCGUUCCAUGUUUCAUGCACCAAUAUAGUAAACGUGAUGUAAUGGAUAUUAUAGUGUCCUGAAAAGUUAACUGGAUACUUCAUACACAUACAGGGUGUCCCAAAAAAAAUGUCCCCUAUCAUAUUUUGUAGUACUACGUCGUUACUUGUAAUCGAAUAUUUAAAUUUUUUCUUUUUUUUUAACAAUGAACAUAUUACGUUAAUCGUUGCAUUUUUUCGCACCAAAAUAUUUAACCGUUCGCCUUUGGUAUUAGUGUUAUAGGGCACAGAGAACGUUAGUAUAGGUUUAUUGCUAUUAGGUUCAUUAUUGGGGCGCUGGUUAGUAGCAUUACCAUCAAUGCGAAUAAUAUUAUUAUCAUUCUCCCCAAUUAGUAGAUUGGACUGAGUAUAUUGCAGAGCUUUAUUAAAGGCAUUAUCAAUUACAUUGUUAGUAUAUCCCCUAGUAAUUAGAUUAAUACGAAGGUCCUGAAGGUGUCCGCUUAAUCUGUUAUGGUUAGUAAUUAGUCGUACGUAUCUAAGGGCUUGACUAUAUAUGAUGCUAGUUUUGCAAUUGUUGGGGUGAAAGGACCCAUUAUGUAAAAGUAGAGCUUUAUCUGUUGGUUUAAUUCGAAAGAAAUAUGCUGCCCUGAAGAAAUAUAGGAAAACUCGAACUGACUAUCGUAAGCGAAAGCUGCGUGAAAUAAGUCAAACUAUCAAAUAUCUAGUUCGAACGAAACAUCGUGACUACUUACUUAAGAUUAAGGAGUCUUUCCGCAGCAACCCGAAACUGUUCUGGAGCUAUCAGAAAGCUGUUUUUCAUCACCGGUCAACUCAAAACGCUGUCAUUUCACAUAACGGCAUUGUGGCAAAAACACCUACUGAGAAAGCCAAACUUUUUAACUCCUACUUCUCGUCAGUUUUCCAACCUCCAACGACUAAUCAAGCUACUAACUCUCGCAAUUCUCGACUACCAACCGAUUCACAACUAAGUGAGAUCACGCUCGAUGUCGAAGAAGUUGUAAACAGUCUGUUGAAUCUGAAUGUCUCAAAAGCUAGUGGCCCUGAUGGAAUUCCUGCCCGCCUUCUGAAAGAAUGUAGUCAUCAAAUCGCUCCAAGCCUUUGCACUCUUUACAACCAUUCACUAAGAUCUGGACAUAUUCCUUCUGAGUGAAAAUCAGCAGAUGUUACUCCAGUGCACAAGAAGAAUUCCAAAGAACCAGCUGUGAACUACAGACCAAUCUCGCUAUUGCCCAUCAUUAGUAAGACCUUAAAACGGUGCAUUUACUGGAGAUUUUAUGACCAUGUUGUGAACCUUAUCAGUCCAUCUCAACACGGUUUUCUGAGAAAUCGCUCGUGUGUCACCCAACUCUUGUCAGCUUUCCACUCUAUCGGGCAAGACCUAGAUAAGAAUACUCAGACUGAUGUCUUGUACCUGGACUUUGCCAAAGCGUUUGACUCCGUUGACCAUAAUAUCUUACUGGAUAAGCUGCAUUGGUACGGCGUGACAGGAUCUGUUCUUGAUUGGUUCGCUGACUAUUUAAACGGUAGGACUCAGAGAAUUGUUGUGGAUGGAGUAGCUUCUGCAUGGUCAUCAGUCACUUCAGGUGUGCCUCAGGGAAGCAUUCCAGUUUUGUUCAUUAUAUUCAUUAACGAUCUCCCAGACAUCAUACAUAACGAAACUGAAAUUGCCCUGUUCGCGGACGAUACGAAAAUUCACAGACAUAUUAUCUCGACUCGCGACUGUGAAAGCUUACAACAUUCAUUGGUCAAGUUAGAUCUGUGGAGUAUGGAAAACAAUCUCUUCUUCAAUGCCUCUAAGUGUAAAGUCCUCACCGUCACACGAAAGAAAACGCCUAUCAUCUACGAAUACACCCUUGGGACCGAAAAGCUAACUCGGGUUGACCAUCAAAAGGACCUUGGUAUUACGACUACUACAAAACUCUCAUGGAAACUACACAUAAACACCAUUGUUGCGAAGGCCAACAAAAUGUUAGGUAUACUAAAAAGAACCUGCACUAGUAUUACAGACAUGAACACCCGGCGAACUUUGUAUCUGUCACUUGUGAAGUCCCAGUUGUUGUAUGCUUCAGAGGUGUGGUCACCGGUUAACAAUGUUCAGUUAUCAAGACAAGUAGAGAAAGUCCAACGGAGGGCAACCAAGUGGAUACUAAUGAACAGAGAGAUGCCUUACAAAGAACGGCUGUCGUCGUUAAACCUGCUACCAUUAAGUUACGAUAGAGAAAUGAAGGACUUAACAUUCUUUUAUAAAGCUUUAUUUGGUUUUAUAAACGUGAACUUGAGUAGCUAUGUGUCGUUUGUCAGCCAUGGUCGUACUCGAUUGAGUCUUUCCUCUGACUAUAUCCUUCAAAACCCACUGUGUAAAACUACCACUUUUCAAUCCUCCUACUACAACCGUAUUGUCAAUAUCUGGAACACUGUAUCUCAAGAAGUAUCUCUUGACAGUUUCUCUAGACCUAUUUCUUUUAAAUGUUAUCUCAAGCACAAAUAUUCAAACUUAGUUAACUCUAUUUACGACGCAGACGUGUCUUGCACGUGGUCUUUGACUCGGGACUGUCCUUGCCACAGGUCCUAA